AUGCCGGCCCGGGCCGCACUGCGGCCGGGCAGUGCCGCGGCAGUCCGGAGUCUGCGGGACCUUAUUACUCAGUCAACUUGGAGUACUACGGCGUCGGGGAUUUUCCAGAACUUCGCACUUGUGCAGGUCAUAUGUACCGCUACGAGGCCGAUGGGCGGGCAGAAGCCCGGGACAUCCGGGCUGAGGAAGAAGACGCGAGAGUUCAUGCAGCCUGACUACCUGGCCAACUUCGUUCAGAGCGUGUUCGAUGCGCUGCAUGAGGUUGGGACGCAGACGGAGGGAGGCACGCUGGUGGUAUCAGGGGACGGGAGGUUCUUCAACAAGGAAGCCAUUCAGAUCAUCAUCAAGAUUGCUGUAGCUGCUGGCGUCCAGAGGUUUUGGGUGGGCAAGGAUGGCCUCCUAUCAACUCCAGCGGUUUCAGCGGUCAUCAGGAACAGGGCUGGAGGGUUCAAAGCUUUCGGAGCUUUCAUACUGUCGGCGUCGCACAACCCGGGAGGCAUAGAGGAAGACUUCGGGAUCAAGUACAACUGUGAGAAUGGCGGACCCUCCCCUGAGAAGAUCACCGAACUUGUGUAUGCCAAGACUCAGACCAUCUCAGAGAUCAGAUCUGCCGACGCCUUCCCCAACGUCGAUUUGUCCUCGGUGGGCGUACAAGAGUUCUCGUCCCCCGACGGCAAACGGCAAGUCACCAUCGAGAUUUUCGACCCGACGGAAGACCACGUGGCUGUGCUGCAGCAGUGCUUCGACCUAGAGGCCAUCAAGAGGCUCAUGGCUCGCAGCGACUUCUCCUUCUGUUACGACUCCCUCCAUGGGGUUCAGGGCCCCUACGCCAGGCGCAUCUUCUGCGACAUUCUCGGGGCGCCCGCGUCUUGUCUGAUGAACUGUGAGCCCAAGGAAGACUUCGGAGGCCCUUCAUGCCCCAGCCAUGGUCACGCGGACCCGAACCUUGCCAACGCUCGGGAGCUCUGUGAGAGGAUGGGAGUGUCGGCUGAUGGGUCGCCAGUGAUGGGACAGUCAUGGCAAGUCCCAUGCAUGGGGGCAGCAGCCGAUGGAGAUGCGGACAGGAACAUGAUCCUUGGGACUCGAUUCUUCGUGACUCCAUCGGACUCGCUGGCUGUGAUCGUGGACAACUGUCAUCUCAUCCCCUACUUCAGCAGGGACAACAAGAAUCUGCUGCGAGGAGCGUCGAGGAGCAUGCCCACCAGCUGUGCGCUUGACCAUGUCUGCAAGGCCAAGGGAAUUCCUUUCUUUGAAACCCCCACGGGAUGGAAGUUUUUCGGCAACUUGAUGGACUCGGGCACAUACGCACCCUUCAUCUGCGGUGAGGAGAGCUUUGGAACAGGUUCAGACCACAUCCGAGAGAAGGACGGCAUGUGGGCUGUGCUUGCUUGGCUCCAGAUUCUUGCAGCAAACAACGUGGACCCCAGCAAGCCUCUCGUUACCAUCGAAGACAUCGUGACCUCGCACUGGAGUAAGUAUGGGCGCAACUACUACGCGAGGUACGACUACGAAGGAGUUGACCUCGACAGCGCGAACAAGAUGAUGGAGAGAAUGGUGAGCAUGGCAGGUUCUUGGCCUGCAGAUGCGUUCGAGACCUACGAGCUACAGAAGGCCGAUGUCUUCGAGUACACAGACCCGAUCGACGGCUCUGUCUCUAAGAACCAGGGCAUUCGCUUCCUCUUCCAGGACGGCUCUCGCAUUGUCUUUCGCCUCAGUGGAACUGGCGUGGUGGGGGCCACCAUCCGCAUGUACCUCGAGAAGUAUGAGCCUCCGGCUGGGGACCUUUCUCGGCAUCCCCAUGAGGUAGUGAAGCCUCUUGCUGUCCUCGCCCUCAAGUUAUCCAAGUUGCAAGAGUUCACUGGACGAGACGUGCCCUCCGUCAUCACCUAA